AUGGCAGACGACAAGAGAACAGACGAGAAGAUGGAGCAAGGCAGGGCCUUUGAGGUUCCUCCACUUCGACACACUCCUUCUUCCCCGUCGGUCGCUUUGUCUAACAACCCUAUUCUGCCUGUGUUGGCUUAUUGUGGUUCUUCGAUUAUGAUGACUGUGAUGAACAAAUAUGUUUUGUCGGGUUUGGAUUUUAAUCUUAAUUUUUUCUUGCUUCUUGUGCAGUCCAUCGUGUGUAUAGUCGCUAUCCAGGCUUGCAAGACUGGUGGUUUCAUAACCUUUCGCAAUUUCAAUACGGAUGAAGCUAAAAAGUGGUUCCCUAUUACUCUUCUCCUUAUCGGCAUGAUCUUCACCGGUUCCAAGGCUCUGCAAUUUCUCUCGAUUCCCGUCUACACCAUCUUCAAGAACUUGACCAUCAUCUUGAUCGCCUACGGAGAGGUCCUCUGGUUUGGUGGUUCUGCUGUCACCGGUCUGACUCUGUUCUCUUUCGGAUUGAUGGUCGCCAGUUCUAUUAUUGCUGCUUGGGCCGAUGUUCAGCAUGCGCUCACAUCUACUACAAACGCUAGCACCCAAAUUUCGACCUUGAAUGCUGGCUAUGUCUGGAUGAUGGCCAAUUGUCUUUGCACCGCGUUCUACAGCUUGUACAUGCGCAAGCGCAUAAAGUUGACCAACUUCAAAGACUUUGACACCAUGUUCUACAACAACCUGCUCUCCAUCCCCGUCCUCAUCGUUGCUACUCUGCUCAUUGAGGACUGGUCAGCUGAGAACAUCGCCCGCAACUUCCCCAUUGCUAGCCGCACAAACAUUCUCAUCGCCAUGGUUCUUUCUGGUCUGUCUUCCGUCUUCAUCUCUUACACAUCCGCCUGGUGCAUGCGUGUUACCUCAUCGACAACCUACUCCAUGGUCGGAGCCUUGAACAAACUCCCCAUUGCUGUGUCCGGUCUUAUCUUCUUCGAUGCUCCAGUCACUCUAGGCAGUGUCUCCGCCAUUGCCAUUGGAUUUGUUAGCGGUAUUGUCUACUCAGUCGCCAAGUUCAAGCAGAACGCCAAACCAAGGACCGGCAUUCUCCCUACUACAAACAUACCUCUUAGCGCCAGCAGCCAAAGCAUGCGCGACUCGUUGAGGUCAUAA